GUCCUGAACCUUUGACCUUACGCACACUUACGUACACUCACGUGGUGUUUGAGCGCCAGUUUUGGUUUGUUUAGCAGCAGAUCAGUGUAUCACAUUUUAUCAGUUUGUCUUUCAUAAAUGUUCUCUUUGUUUUAAACAGCAAAGGAGAGAAGUGGUGGUCCAAGUAAUGUUUCUUCCAGUGCUGUUUAAUGGAGCUGAGGGAGAUUCAAAAGUGUCUGUAACUGACCUGAACUAAGAAAAGUCUGAGGACUAGGUACGAAGCAGUUGACCCGGAUCCUCUGAUUAGGAAUCAGGCAUUGCCAGAGACACUAACGGUUUCCAAGUUCUUCAAAAAUGCCCAUGCAUCUGCAGUCACCCAUAACAUCGGACUGUUGCAUUAUGAAGACAUCAAAUGACUGCAGCGGGAGAAGCCAGAGAAGCGGCGAUCCAACCAACAUGGCCCCGGCUGCUCGGCCCAGCGACACCGGACCUGGUAUGGAGGAGGAUGAGUCCUACUACGGAAUCAACAAGGGGGAUAGAAAGACCAGGAAGCCUCUGGUGGAGAAGAAGAGGAGAGCUCGCAUCAAUGAGAGCUUGCAGGAACUGCGGACUCUGCUGGCUGACACAGACUUUCACUCCAAGAUGGAGAACGCAGAGGUGCUGGAGAUGACGGUGAAGAAGGUGGAUGACAUACUGAAGAACCGGAGCCAAGAAACAGACUCUCUAAACCGAGAAGCCAGCGAGAGGUUUGCAGCCGGCUACAUCCAGUGCAUGCACGAGGUCCACAUGUUUGUCUCCAGCUGUCCUGGCAUAGACUCCACAGUGGCUGCGGAGCUCCUCAACCACCUGCUGGAGUGCAUGCCUCUGAACGAGGACCACCUCCAGGACGUGCUGAUGGAUCUAAUCACUGACACAUCUGGGAAUAACGGCAGCACUUGGCACGGAGGCGGAGAGGGGCUCUGCACAACUCUGGCGUCGCCCGGAGGAAGGAGUCUGUCCAGCGGCUCAUCCUCUGCCCUCUCCCCGGCCCCCUCCACCACGUCCAGCGAGGAUCUGUGCUCAGACCUGGACGAGACCGACAGUGAGCACAACCAGAGCUCCUCAGAGGGCUCGGAGAACAGAGAGGCUCUGAUCAUGCCCAGUAUGAGCUACCCUCGGUCCAUGUGGAGACCCUGGUAGAGGACUUUGGUUUGGAUAUGAAGCAGCUGGAAUAUGUUGAAGAGGGCUGAAAGAUGAGUGACGCCCGCCUGAACUCUCAAAAAGAAAUUCCAACCUUUGACACAGGAACACUUCAAAAACAAUUACUGGGCUUGUUGCCUCUGCAGAUAAGUUUCCACACGCAUGGAGAUACAUUUUUUGGAUUGAUGUCCAAAAUCACAUCUCUUCUACAAGAUGCAUUGACCGAUUCAGCAGCAUCUUGGGCUGACCAACAUUCUUUUCCUCUUGUUUUGUCCCACAACCUAAAGUCGCAGCUUCUUUUCUUUGCAUUCUGGGAAAUGAAGGAAACCACUGAGAGAGGAAGAAGUAAAUCAUGUAGCAUUUUAUCAGAUAAACACACCUCAAGUGCUUCAGUAUCA